AGCCGUUGUGGCUGAAGAUGUUAUGUUCCCCAGUGGAGAAUCCUCCCCCGCGGGUGCGCGCGCUCGAAACGGCGACGCUCCGCAAGGUCGCCCCCGGCCCCUGCAACUGGGCUUCUAAGGAGGACCUGUGGUACCUUCGGGAGGGUUAUGGGCAGGCCAAAUCGUGCGUUUCGAUUGAGCUAAUGGCCCAGGCGGCCCAGCUCCGAGUUGCUCAUCAUGAAUCGUGGACUGCUUCGGGGGGCUCCUUGGGCACCCGGGCUAGGCGAAUGGAAGGGCUGAUCGGGGCGCCCUCCUUCCUGCAGAGGCGAUUUCGUUGGAAUGACUGGUAUUCGAGGUCGUACGCUGGUCUGCUUUACCGGAACCGGUUCUCCAUGAGUGCCAGGGGCAUCACAUUCGACACCAUCGCGUCCAACAUCAAGCUCGCAUCCCCAAGCGUAGAAGACGGGCCAAAGAUGGAGCGAAGGGUACGCAAUGGCUUCCAGCGUGAGGCCUACAAGCUUUUUAAGGCGAAGGGCCAACCUGAUUUCGUCGGGCGGAUCCGCCACAAGACGGCCAGGUGGCAUCUUUCGGGCCCGCCGGCACGCUCGGCCGCCCGUGUGGCACGCCAUGUUCAACGCCUUCCUGCCUUCGUUGCACCUCGUGUUCAAGCCGCAUGUUUGUCAACGUUGUGGAACAGAUGGUGCACGCCACGUCGUUUACAGAAUCGGGCUUCCCCCACGAACCGGUGUUUGCUGGGCUGCCCAGGCCAUGCGGAGGAUUCGAUCGAGCACUACAUAUUUUGCAGGUGCGUGCGACGGGUCGCCGAUAAUUUCCUCAACAUGCGCCGCAUCACGCCCUUCACAGUUGACCAUUUUAUGCUGGCGCACCAGGUGUUCUCGGAGGACGCGGAGGCCUUGACUUGCAUGGCAGUCCUCCUGUACGCCGUGUAUGAUACGACCAACCAAUACAGACCGCUUGGCGGAGUAUCGGAGAACACAGCGUUCGAGGCCAUCCAGCAGCAGUGUCGCAACGCCGUGGCGGGGCACAGCGCCAGCAUGAGGAUCGUGGAUUCGCUCUGGGCUGAGCGGCCCCAGAUCCGCCCCCGCAGGAAGACUCCUAUGUAUUUUCCUCUUCCCAUUUUCCCUCGCUUCCUCCUUCUGGUUCGUCUGUUGUGCUCCAGCGUGGUACGGCGACCGCAGCCUUGCCUACCCUCUGCGGGGUAGGGCCCGCUGUGCCUCCAGGCCAGUUUCCUUCGAUUUGUGUUAGUUGCCCCGUCUCCCGCAAUAGGUGAGGAAGACAGCGGCUUUCAAAUGCAACCGUCUUGUCGCUCGUUUUUUCUCCUCCUCCGCCUCCUCCUCCCUUGGUUCUCCUCCUCCUCCUCUCUCCUGCGUGCUCCAGAUUUGCUCCGCCGGAGCACGUUCCAGCGUGCUCCGGAAACGCCUCGCCGGAGCACGUUAGAUUCGGUGCCCUUUUCUAGUGGGCUCGCAUAAAACUGUAUAUACAUAUCCCUAGUUUUGAUGGGUCGCGAACUUGUUCCAACGCCAAUCGCGACACGGAA